UUGCUUGUAAACUUCCGGUGUUCAACGUCUAGAGACUGACACUGAAGUACAGUAUGCCAUUAAACUCGUCAAAGAAGUAAUUUUGUAGCUUUUGCAAGGAGGAAACAUACUGAAGUGAUGCCAAAAACGAAAUUCUCCGUCCCGGGAGGACCCGUUGUUUAUAAAGGUUAUCUAAUGCCCAACUUCCCGCCACUUGUUGCCGACGUCAAUGGACGUAUGAGUAAAAUCAAGCAUUUCCAAUCCAGAAAAUCCGACAUCCUUAUAUGUACCUAUCCGAAGUCAGGAACAAAUUGGAUCAAUGAAAUUGUGAGUAUGGUUGUGAAGGGUCGCUCGGAGUACAAUACCGUGUAUAAAGCAGAUGCUAUGUUGGAACUACUACCAGACUUAUCAUGCCUGGAUAAUCACCCUGUUAGCUCUACACGUGUGAUAAACACGCACGUUCCGUUCCCUGACUUGCCUCAAAAACAUAUAUAAUCUGGAUACAAAGUUGUACACGUGUUACGGAACCCCAAAGACGUGGCUGUUUCGUUUUAUCACCAUGGCAUCAAGCAAAUUACACCGAACUCGUCCGACCGUAUGAGGACACCAAAGAGCUGGUCAUAUUGGCUGAAUGCCUUCUCCAAGCGGCAACCACUUCUCUACGGUGGCUGGUUCAACUAUGAAAAAGAAUUUGACUCGGCCAAAGCAAGUGGUAAACUUACAAAUGUGUUUACAAUCGAGUUUGAAGAACUUAAACGGAAUCCCAUUCCAAUACUAAGAGGUCUCGCGAAAUUCCUUGAUGUGGAUUUGACGGAUGAAACGCUAAUAGAUAUCAAUAAAAAGUGUUCGUUCGAAAAUCUAUCCACUUCGGGAACCCAAGUGAAGGACAAUACAGAUAUAAUUGCUGAAUCGAGAGAUGGAUCAAACUUCUUUUUCGGAAAGGGGUCGUAGGAGACUGGAAAAACUGGUUCACUGUAUCUCAGAACGAGGACUUUAAUCGACUUAUCGAAAAAGAAUUAGAAGACAGCUCGAAAUUGAAAUGGUACUUAUAUAAGGAGAACAUAUAUUCGAGACUGUAGCGCACCGUCUUCCUCUCGACAAUGUGUAUGGUUUAUGUGUAGGUCACGUGCAAACAUGUUUGUUCUAUAUUUGGCUCAGGUUUUGGACAUGGAAUCCUAGUGAAUUCUUUACAAUUCGCAUCGACAAGCAAUUUUGAAUUCCAUAAAGUCUUUUUCAAAAUAUGUGAAAGAUUUAAAGGGAUUGGACGCCAAACUAAUUAAGUCUGUGCACGUGUCAGAUUAACAUCCCAACUAUUUUAAAUAUUUGUUUUUUGUUUUUUUUGUUUUGUUUUUGGGGUUUUUUGUUGUUGUUUUUUUUCGUAAAUAUUAUUGUAUUUUUAUGUUAUAAAGCAAAUAAAAUAAGCGUAAACUCAAAUACUUUU